AUGGAGGCAUAGGCAGAAUUCAUUAUUAAUGAACUAAGAUAAGUAAUUGUUAUCAAAUAAAUUGAUUUAUUAGAAACUUGUAAAUAGCUAUAAAUAUAAGAUAAUUAAUUUCUGACUUUUAAAGAAUUGCAACUUUUAUUAAAUGAAAUCGAUCUUAAACUAAACAGAUAACAAAUAGAAUUCGUUUUUAAUAUGAUUGAUGACUAAUUAAAUCAAUUUCUUAGAGUUUUAAAGUUGUCUCUAAUUACACAGAGUUAGAUUAAAUUUACAAGAAAUUAAAACUGA